CCGUAUUGUUGACAUUGCGUAACCAACAUGGCUGUCAGGUGGUGAGCGCUUGCUGAUCCUUGUCCAUUUCAAACAGAUUGAAGUAGCAUCUUUAAAAUACUUGUUUACAAUAUAAACUACACUAGACUAUAGAAUGUUACUGCAUACUAUAAAUCGUCCAAAUUCACGGCGGAAAUCGUUUUAAUCGCGCUAUAGUCCGAAAUCAGUUCACAAUUGCCGUCCGCUUCAUCUACUUCACAUUAACUUAAGCUGUAAGACUUUAAGAUCACUCGAUUUCCUUUUUUUUUUUGCGUUUUCCUUCAUGUGUAGAGUCGUAUCCAAACCUGUGGCGUCCUAGCUUUGAGUCAUGAUGACCGAGGCUGUGCGGGAGGAUGAGCUGCGGCCGGUGCCCCGGGAGAGGGCCAUCCUGGAGAGCUUCUUUACGCAGCUGGGCAUGUUUUCCUUCGACCGGGCCAAGGACUACGUGGAGAAGGAGAAGGACACCACCAAAGGGGCCGGGGCCAUCUGGACGGCCCUGCUCGCCGCCCUGGCCCACCUGGCCGCCGCGGAGAAGGCGUACUACAAUAUGACGUUUCUCGGACAAAAGCUGGGCAGCCAGUCGUUCUUCAGCCGCAAGGACUCCAUCCGCACCACCUACACGUCGCUGCACAACGAGCUGCGCAAGGUGGUGGCGGCGGUGCGCCCCGUGCAGCAGGGCUCCGCCCCCUGCCUGGAGGAGCUGCUGUCCCACCUGUCGGAGCAGCUGUGCCACUUCACGCAGGCGCGCACCGAGAUGGCCGACCUGUACGAGAAGAUGCACUCGCUGGCCGCGCAGAAGAGCUUCGACUCGGAGGAGCUGCUGACCCCCCUGGAGGCCGUCCUGCAGAAGUACAGCUCCAGGUUCUACCACCCCAUCCUGGGCCGCGUGGAGGAGGGCUUCCAGACGGAGGUGGACGUGGUGACCCAGCUGCUGCGCUGCCAGGCCCAGGUGUCCGAGUGGCGCUUCCUGCCGGCGCUGCUCAGCCUCCACGGCGCCCACUCCAAGCUGGCGGCCUGGGGCCAGCGGCUGCAGCGGCAGAAGGAGACGCGCAAGCACCUGUUCGGCGGGCAGUCGCAGCGCUCGGUCCCGCCGCCGCACCUCUACCUCUGGCUGCAGGGCUUCCAGGCGGCGCUGCUCGCCAAGUUCAGCUUCUACUUCCACGAGGCGCUCGGCCGCCAGGGCACGCCGGCGGACAUGCGGGCGCUGACGGCGCGCGCCUCGCCCGACUACCACGGCAAGGUCGCGGCGUUCGUGCGCAAGCACGACGCCAGCAACGUGUCGCUGGUGUUCGACAACCGCGGCUCGGAGAGCUUCCAGGGCCACGGCUACCACCACCCGCACGCGUACCGCGAGGCGCCCAAGGGCGUGGAGCAGUUCCCCGCCGUGGUGUCGCUGCCGGCGGGCGAGCGGCCGCUCACGCACUGGCCCAACGUCAUCAUGAUGAUGAGCGACCGCGCCGCCGAGCUCAACGCGCUGGACAAGGCGGUGCACUUCUACGACGACAAGGUGCAGAGCACGUACUACCUGACGCGGCCCGAGCCCCACUUCACCCUGGUGGUGAUCUUCGACGGGCGCAAGUCGGAGAAGGAGACGCACAUCGCCGCCUUCCUGCAGGAGAUCGCGGGGUCGCUGCGCAACUCCAAGCCCUUCGCCACGCUGAAGCCCGGCUCCAAGGGUUGAGGCCCGGGUCCAGGGGUUGAGGCAGCCGGUGCUAAGCCCCACCCCCACCCCUGAGGUUGUGUGGGGUCUGAAUGACUGAAUAGGGGUCAGACUCGGAACAGGCACGUGACAGGACGCCCGUUUUCCCUGAACGAUCGCAAAGUGAGAGACUGAAAUGUGUGUGUGUGCACACGUUCACUCGCUAACAAAUCGUUUCUGACAGCUGAUGAAUGACUUGAUCAUAUCUUCCUUGGAUUUUUUGCCUCUAUUCGUCGAGCUGGGAAUAUAUUUUCAGACCAAAGGAACACAAAUUGUUACCACUGCUCCACAACUCUUGUUAGCGAGUGAUGAGAAAACCCUUAAUUGAAAAAACAGAAAAUUGGUUAGUAAUUGUCUUUUGAUUACGGAGGGUAUUUUAAACCAGAUUUGAUCAUCCUCAUCAUUUAUUUGGAGUUAUAAUUGAGUUAUUAAUUACACUUGCCGCCGUAUCCUGAAAUAAAAUGGAUGAAAGCACAAUGUUCACAA